UCGCACAUCUCUAUUUGCAUUAGUUUAUUAAAGAGUGCUUUAACCAUAUGUGAGAGUUUUCGUUUUAGCAAUUGUAUUACAAAAAAUAUUAUCAUUUUUUAAUGUAAUUAAGUUGUUUAUAUUUCUUUGAAGCAAUUGACCAGGAUUGAUUUGAAAACACACAUUAAAAUCAUACUGAAAUAACAUGCCUUCCUUGGAAGUAGAAAAUAUUGGGGUUGAUCCCUCGUUACAGGGCAACGAUCAAUCAAAACCUAUGUCUGGGCCGAUAAUUGGAAUAAUAUAUCCACCCCCUGAAGUUAGGAAUAUUGUGGAUAAAACUGCUAGUUUUGUAGCACGAAAUGGACCUGAAUUUGAAGCGCGUAUUAGGCAAAAUGAGCUGGGAAACGCAAAAUUUAAUUUUUUAAAUACUGGAGAUCCCUAUAAUGCAUAUUAUAGGCACAAAGUAAACGAAUUUAGGGAGGGAAAGGGUAAGUACAAAAUAUACAUCCGAAUUUUGACACCUUAUUAUAUAUUAUUUAAAACAGAUGCAUCGGGCGGACCAAGCGUUGUUGCUGGAGUUAAGCAGUUAUCUGUUACAAGUGCUGCACAGCAAAAGCAGCAGGAACUUCUAAAACAAGUAGCAGAGCAACAAUUCGUACCAAAAGAUCCUCCCCCAGAUUUUGAAUUUAUUGCUGAUCCUCCGUCUAUAUCUGCCUUGGAUUUAGAUAUUGUUAAGUUAACAGCACAAUUCGUAGCUCGAAAUGGUCGUCAAUUCCUGACGAAUCUCAUGAAUCGUGAGCAACGUAAUUUCCAAUUUGACUUUUUACGACCUCAACACUCGUUGUUUCAAUAUUUUACAAAGUUAUUAGAACAGUACACAAAAAUAUUAAUUCCACCUAAAGACCUUUUAAAUAAGUUGCGUACAGAAAGUUCGGAGGGCCGCGCUAGUAUGAACUUAGUGUUAGAACAAGUAAAAUACAGGGCAAAUUGGCAAAAGCAUCAAGAAGCUCAACGACGUCGUGAAGAGGAGAAAGUUGAAAAAGAAAGAGUGGCUUACGCACAAAUCGAUUGGCAUGAUUUCGUUGUGGUUGAAACUGUGGAUUAUCAACCUUUCGAAACGGGUAAUUUUCCACCACCAACAACCCCAGAAGAAGUUGGUGCUCGAGUACUAAUGGAAGAGCGGUUGCUGGAAGAAGAUGGAGAUAUUGAAAUGCAAAUUGAGUCGGACGAAGAGGACAACCAAGAGGAGACAGUCAGAGUAAAAUUGUCGCAAAUGGAAAAUCGUACUGGCAUACAAAUGAAAGGCACUACUUAUAGUCAGCAAACAAUGAACGUUAAAAAAGAUAAUACACAAGUUCAAGACAUGGAUGAAGCGUCUAGUGAUGAAGAGACACCAUCUAACUUAAAACAACAGCCACCAGUAGCACCACUUCUACCACCUACACAUGAUAAAGUUGUUGUUAAGAAAUACGAUCCGAAAGCUAUUCAGCAGAAACAACAGAAACCCUCCAUUACAGAUGAGUAUCUAAUUUCUCCAAUAACAGGGGAAAAAAUACCGGCUUCGAAGGUGGCAGAACACAUGCGUAUUGGUUUAUUGGAUCCUCGUUGGGUAGAACAACGCGAUAAACACACAGUUGAAAAAAUCAAUCAAGAUACAGUAUAUGCUGCUGGUACUGCUAUUGAAGCUAGUCUAAAACAAUUAGCGGAACGUCGUACUGAUAUUUUUGGUGUUGGCGAUGAAGAGACAGUUAUUGGAAAGAAACUGGGUGAAGAAGAAACUAAAAAAGAUGAUCGCGUCACUUGGGAUGGACACACAUCAAGUGUGGAGGCCGCCACACGAGCGGCACGAGCUAAUAUCACUUUAGAAGACCAGAUACAUCAAAUUCAUAAGGUGAAAGGACUUCUUCCAGAUGAAGAAAAAGAAAAGAUUGGACCUAAACCAGUUAGCAAUAAAACUACUUUAUCGGCUCCGCCACUGUCACAUCAAUCAGGCAUAAAAAAUCAUUCUCAAGUUGGACAUCACGCUGUUCCUCACCAUCAUCAUCAAUCACAGCAACCGCCACAACAGCAAACGCACUCUCAACCAUCUUCGCAUAAUAUGCCACCUUCUGCACCAGUAAUGAUGAUGCCAAUGAGACCACCGCCUCCAAUGCUGGCUCCACCAUUCCCUGUAGGUGGUUAUAUGGCAAUGCAAUCCGGUGGACCGCCACAAAUGCCAUCAGGACCAAAUGUAAUGGAACAAACAAUGAUGCCACUUCCAUUAAUGCCAGUCGAUGAAGAACCACCGAACAAAAAAAUGCGAUCAGAAGAUAAUCUGAUACCAGAAGAAGAGUUUAUAUCGAAGCAUAAGAGUCCCAUUACUAUUCAAAUACAAAUUCCCAAUGUUAUUGACAAGUCGGAAUGGAAAUUGAACGGUCAAACUAUCGCAUUUUCAUUAUCACUCACCGACACUGUUUCUAACUUAAAAGCGAAGAUUCAAGAUGAAACCGGAAUGCCUCCCGCUAAACAGAAAAUCUCAUAUGAGGGAAUGUUCUUCAAGGAUAGUAACACGAUGGCGUUCUAUAAUCUACUUAGUGGUGCCACUAUACAUCUACAAAUCAAAGAACGUGGUGGACGUAAAAAAUAAAUUGAUUAAAAUUUUAUAAUUAAAUGCGGAAAUCUGCAAAUAAAUAAUACUUUCGCAAAAUAUAAAGAUAAAUCAUACGAGUAUACAACUUUCAAAUACCGUGUUUCAAUUGUAAUCGCAUUUAGUAACGUACUAAUUUGUACUAUGAGUCGUAUAGUUUCAUUACAACAUUUCGCUUCAUGCUCCAGACAUUUAAUAUCUAACUCACAUAAAACAAUUUAUUCAUCAUAUUAUUAUAGAAGUUCGAGUUAUGAAAGUUCAACUGUAUAUGUUUCAAUUCAUAAGGGACGAUUGCCUAAAGUUAUUUUUGAUGACGCAAAAUGUCCAUAACAUAUCUCGAUUCACAUUUCUUUGUAAAUUUGUCUCUUUAUUUGUUUAAAAUUUAAUAAAUGUCUCCCCUUUCGCUCCACUAGUAAAUAGCAGGUAAUGCUGUCAGGUAUUUAUAUAUUUCUGUUUUGUGUUCUUGGUUUCUGUUUUGUAUGCAUAAAUGAGUGAUGUGCACUGCUACAGUAAAUAUAAAAAGAGUAAUAUCUUCCAAGAGGAAUAGUUUCCGAAAUGUUAAAUAAAAAUAAUGGCAAUUGUUAGUAAACUGGAAUAUAUUUUCACUAUAGAUUUGAUAUCAAAAAAUGUACUUGUACAUGAGUAUAUAAAAUAUAAAAUUUAAGGAACAGUUAGCAUUUAUUAAAAUUAUGCAAAUUUUGAUAUUGAUUGGUAUUUCAAAUAACUACCAAUGGGAAUGUUUAACAUACAUCUAAUGAAGCGAGUUCGAAAGCCGUUUUUCAUACAUCUAAUGUAGUGUGGUCAACAGGCGACGUGAAUAUGUUCCCAAAACCGCCGCCAUACUACGAUAGCGCUCUAACAUUGGUGCAUAAAU